AGGCCCUGACAGCACAUCCUUUCUCUCUCCUCUCUCCUCUCUCCUCUCUCUUAAUCAUAGAGUUUCAUUUUCUCUCUCACACAGUUUCACACAGUGAAAGAACUUGCAGAAGCUUAAAACCGAAAUUUAUUACAGACUUACAGUACAGUUGAUUUGAUGAUGAUGAUGACGAUGAUGAAGGUUUUCAUUUCUCUUAUUCCUUUACGGCUUUCAUCUUCUUAAGCUUGAAAAUCCAUAUAUUAAUCAUACGGUUGAGACAGACAGAUAGAGAGAGAAGAUGAUGAUGAUGAUGAUAGGAGAAUAAAAAUCAAUUUGUUCGCCAGCACUAACUCAUAGGAAUACUGUUACAGCUUUCUCUUUAUCUUUCUUCUUCUUCUUCUUUCAUAUGUCGAUCUCUGUUACAAUUGAGUCAUUGUUGUUCGUUAUUUGAUAAUUCUGUAGAGAAGAAUUGGAAAAUGAAUCCUGAACAGAUGAAAUUGGGAGAUCUGUCAUUACAAGUUGAAGAAGCGUCUCCUAUAAGUAGUAGACCGCCGGCAAUGACGGUUACUUCUUCUGCUGGUACUGGAUUGUUUGAAGAUGAAUUGUUAGCUGGAGAAUUAGGCGGUGGAGCGGGAGGAGGAAGUGGCGGAGGUAAUCGAUGGCCUCGACAGGAAACUAUUGCUUUACUUAAGAUCAGAUCGGAAAUGGAUACCGCGUUUAAAGAUGCUAAUCCUAAAGGUCCUCUAUGGGAAGAAGUUUCCAGGAAGCUUGGAGAAUUCGGAUACAAAAGGAAUGCCAAAAAAUGCAAAGAGAAAUUCGAAAACGUUCAUAAAUACUAUAAACGUACAAAAGAAGGUCGAGCCGGCCGUCAGGACGGCAAAAGUUACAAAUUCUUCACCGAACUUGAAGCUCUCACCGCCGCCACAUCAUCCCCAUCCUCAAUGAUUCCGGCGCCGGCGGCGCCGGCAGGUCCAUCUGGGAUUGGAUUCUCCAAUCCAACCCCUGUAUCUUCAAGCAUUAGAUUUCAACCCCCGCCUGUGAUGUUCUCCGUCACCCAUCACCCGCCACCGUCGAAUCAACAAUUAACCGUGGCGACGGGGGCGGCGCCGUCCAAUAUUGGGAUAAGUUUUUCGUCGGAUACGGAAUCGUUUGCUUCAGAUUCUUCUGAUGAUGAUAUGGGAAUUGAAGAACAUGAAGUGGGUAAUAGAGUUGGAAGUGAAGAUCGUAAACGGAAAAGAACAUCAUCUUCUCCGACGAGAACUGAUGGGUGUAAUGAGACGAUGAUGGAGUUUUUUGAAAGAUUAAUGAAACAGGUGUUGCAGAAACAGGAAGCUAUGCAACAGAAGUUCUUAGAGGCUAUUGAGAAUAGAGAACAAGAUAGGAUGAUAAGAGAGGAAGCUUGGAAGAGACAAGAGAUAGCUAGAUACAAUCGAGAACAUGAACUUAUGGCUCAAGAACGUGCCAUUGCUGCUUCUAGAGAUUCUGCCAUUAUUGCUUUUCUACAGAAAAUUUCAGGCCAGACUGUGCAAUUACCGCCGGCGAUUCCUGUUCCUUUAGUUGUUCCAACGGCACCACCGACACCGACGACUCCUCAACCGCCGGUUGUGUCCAUGCCUCCACCAUCGUCAACACCAAUUCAAAUUCAUCAAUCAUCACAACUACAUCAACAACAUCAACAAUUAGCUUUUUUGGAACCAGCUCCCAAAUCAACUAAAUACCAACAACAACAACAACUUCGUCAUAAGAAUCAGCAAACACCGUUAUCUGUUGAUCAUCAUCAUCAUCAAGUUCUAACGGUAAUACCCGAACAACAAAUACCACCACCACCACCUCAAGAGAUCGGUACUAGCAUUGGAGGUUCAGAGCCAUCCUCCUCUCGAUGGCCAAAAGAAGAAAUUCUAGCACUAAUACAAUUAAGAAGCGGUCUAGAAUACAGAUACCUAGAAGCAGGACCAAAAGGUCCACUAUGGGAAGAUAUUUCAGCAGGUAUGCAAAGAAUAGGCUACAAAAGGAAUGCCAAAAGAUGCAAAGAGAAAUGGGAAAACAUUAACAAAUAUUACAAGAAAGUUAAGGAAAGCAACAAGAAACGACCAGAGGAUGCUAAAACUUGUCCUUAUUAUCAUCAAUUGGAUGAAUUGUAUCGGAAUAGGAUACUUGGUGGCGGUGGGAGUGGAAGUGGAAGUGGAGGCUUUCCGAAUAUUAAUCUUAGCCAGAACAAACCGGAUGAACAAGUUGGUGCCAUUUCUGAUCCUGUUCUUGCAGUUACUUUACCACAGGAGAAGAGUGGUGGCAAUUCCGAAAUUAAAACGAGUUAUGGCGGUUUGACAGCAACUCUUUUUGGAGAAGGGAGUGCUGCAUCAGGAGAUAAGAAACCAGAAGACAGUGUGAAGAUUCAACAAUACCAAAAUCAACAAGAGCAGCAGUUGAUAAUGGGUGAUUACGGUAAGAUUGAUGGCGAUGAAAGCGAUGAUCUAGAUCAAGAAGACGACGAAGAAGGAGAAGAAGAUGACGAAGAAGAUAACGAGGAUGAGAUGAAAAUGGGAUACAAGAUAGAGUUUCAGGGACAAAAUACUGCUAAUUCCUCUAAUGGAGGAGGGAAUGGGGGUCCUUCAUUCUUGACCAUGGUUCAAUAAUGUAGGCCAAAUCAUACUGUAAGUUUUUUCUUUCUUUUCUUGAGAUGGAAAUGGUUGCAAAAUUUGUUUAUUCAAUUUAUAUUGUUGCAAAAAAGAAAAAGAAAAAGAGAGGGAGAAUAAGUCACCAUUUCAAAGAGAAAUGGAAUGGAAGGGGUGGGGAAUUUAAGAUUGACAUGAUAAUAAUAAAAAAAUAAUAAUAAUUCUAUUUGCUUGAGAAGUUAUUUCUUUUCUAGCU